AAAACACAACACACACAAAAAUGGCUGCCAACUACAAAAGCUGCCCAUUGAAAAAACGUCCCAUCAUCUACGUCAAGGAUGAACAAGAACUCCAGCAACAACAACCAGCAUCCAGCGAGGUGUAUGAACAAAUCGAAGCCUUGGCUUUGACCAAAAACUCCUCCUCCAACUCGGUGCGCUCUGCAGCUGAUGAUCAGCCACAAGAUUUGUCACUGAAACGCAAGGCUAACGACAGUUUCGAGGAUUAUGUCGUACCAGUCAAGCGUGAAUGUGUCCUAAAUCUUUCGAGCAAAUCAUCAGCCCCAGAAGCUGCCACAGCUUGGUUCCAGCCUCCCCAAUCGCCAGUCAUGGAUUUGUCUAACAGCUCAGCCAUGUUGUCGCCACCAGCUGAAGUUGAUUCCAGCAUGGAAUACCAGCCCAGCGAUAUCCAUUUGCGUGGCUUGACCGCCAACACCACUGGCUACACCACCAAUCCCUAUCAAUCGGCUUUCGUGAUGGCUGCUGGCUGCAAUCCCAUGACCGCCUUGUGGAAUACCUAUCAACCUAACUUGGCUGCCAUCUUCCCCUCUCCAGCUUCAUCGAUUGCCUCGGCUGCCUCACCCAGAUCCAACUACAGUUAUCAACACAUUUCUCCCCCCUCCAGCCCUGGCUCAGAAUUGACCUCCGAACCUGAGGAUUUGUCGGUACGCAACGAUAUUCCAUUGCCAGCCUUGUUCCACAUGUUCGAUGAGACCCCCAGCCACAGCUCUGGAGUAUCGUCAUUCUCUUCAGCUUCAUCGGUCUACUCACACAGCAGCUCCACCAGCAGUGGCUCCUCGUCCAGCGGCAACUCAUCUGCUUCAUCACAGAAUGCCAGCAAGAACUAUCGCUUCAAGUGUGACAAAUGCAACAAAAUGUACUCCACCUCCAUGGGUUUGUCCAAGCACCAACAGUUCCAUUGCCCCGCAGCUGAAUGCAACCAGGAAAAGAAACAACAUGCCUGCCAGGAUUGUGGUAAACUCUACACCACCAUGGGUGCCUUGAAGAUGCACAUUCGCACUCACACCUUGCCCUGCAAGUGCCCAAUCUGUGGUAAGGCCUUCUCACGCCCAUGGCUCUUGCAAGGACACAUUCGCACUCACACCGGUGAAAAGCCAUUCCAAUGCCCUGACUGCCCACGCUCAUUUGCCGAUCGUUCCAACUUGCGUGCUCAUCAACAAACCCACGUCGAUGUCAAGAAAUACGCCUGCAAAGUGUGCAACAAAUCCUUCUCCCGCAUGUCCCUGCUGAAUAAACACACCAGUUCCAAUUGUACCAUUACAAUUGCGUAA